ACAGAGACGAAGUGGCCCCGCUGCAGCCCCCACCUUCCAACCAAAAUUUUAACCCUAAGCAAGAACGCAGCCAGACGGGAGCCCUGGAAAUCAUCCUGGGGAAUGUCUAGAAUAUGAAUGUGUGGGCCAUGGGAUCAGAUUUCCUGGCUUCAGGGUCUAACUCCACCACCUCUAACUGUUGAGUUUUAUGCAGGUGGCUUAACCUGAGCUAUAAAAUGAAAUGAUUGCGCUCUUUCUCUUCAACGAGGUGGUCGAGUGGUUUGGUGGCGGCGGCCUUGCGGAUUCGCACCAGACGCAGAGAUGCAGAUCUUUGUGAAGACCCUGACAGGCAAGACCAUCACCCUCGAGGUCGAGCCCAGUGACACUAUUGAGAAUGUCAAAGCCAAAAUCCAAGACAAGGAGGGCAUCCCGCCUGACCAGCAGCGUCCGAUUUUUGCGGGCAAACAGCUGGAAGAUGGCCGUGCUCUGUCAGACUAUAAUAUCCAGGAAGAGUCCACCCUGAACUUGGUGCUUCGCCUCCAGGGUGGCAUCAUCGAGGCUUCCCUCCACCAGCUGACCCAGAAAUACAACUGUGACAAGAUGAUCUGCCGCAAGUGUUACGCUCGCCUGCACCCCCGUGCUGUCAACUGCCGCAAGAAGAAGUGCAGCCACACCAACAACCUGCGCCCCAAAAAGAAGGUCAAAUAAGGCCCCUCCACCGGCUCUUCCUUUGCCUGCAGGGCAGCCUCCUGCCCGAGCCCCAAGGGCCUGGGGCCUCAAUAAAGUUUCCCUUUCAUUGACUGGAGCAGUUAAAAAAAAAAAAAAAAAAGAAAGAAAUGAUUGCUAAGGGUCGCGGUGAGGAUUAAGUAAACUUAUUCCUAAAGCGGCUCCCACAUCAUGCUCUGCUGUGGCAGCACCCGGCCUCGCUGCAGACGUGCCGUUCUAGCCCCAGUACUCUCACGAACCAUGGGGUCCAGCCCACAUUACUAAGACAGUGACUCCCUACUUCCUUGGCCACAAAAUAGGGAUGCAUAAAUCCUGGGGCUUGGGAGAAAUAAAAGAAAACCUGCAAAAAAGAGCUUAGCACGGAGAUGAUUCCAGUAGCCUAAGGUCAGUUUCCACCAGAAAGACGGGAGGAGCUCUGGAGCAUUUGGGAAAUAGGGCUUGAAUGCCUCCUUCCAGCUCCCUCACACUGCAGGACAUAGCAAGAGAGAAAGAGCUCCGCAAGCCCCUAAGCUACCCUUUCUCGAAUUUUCCAAACCUGGCCCCUUUGUCCACACAUUGGUGCCCUAUUUCAUGGAACCCUCGAAAGUGGUCCCAGAACCAGGGCCCAGCAGCCAGUCCAAGCCUGGUGAGGGCACCUCUCUGAGACCCUUCCCCAGCCACAGGGGCCUGGGGCAGAGCUGCGGUGCCAAGUGGGUGGUGAGAUCCAAGCAAUGCUCCCCAGCGCCCUCUGAGGCCCUCUGAAGGAUACGAGCCUGACACAAAGCACUCUGCUGGACAGAGGUGGCCCCAAGGUCUCUCCGUAAACCUGCCUGCAGAACAGCCCAGGAGGCCAGAGGGGCAAGCUGCCCAAAGAGGCCGUCCUUACUGUGCCUUCAUGAGCUUCCUCCUCGCUGGUUGCCAACGACCCCUAGCCUGGCCAGAGCCGCACAGCACAGCACAAACACCACGGGCCUGGGAACAAUACCCCGCCCAGCCUCAUCUGCAGGCACCCCUAGGGCUCCCCUGUCUCCCAGGUUCAUGGCCCAGCCCCCACUGCCCUGGCCCACCCACCUCCGC